AAAAUGGGUAAAUUGAAAUGUUUUGAGAUAAUAAUGUCGGAAAACAAGACAGUUUUCCAUCCUGGUGAAAAGGUAGUCGGCAAAGUUGUGGUCGAGUUGAAAGGCGAUAUGAAGAUGAGAUCUUUGCGGAUUUUUAUGCGAGGUGUCGCCAAGGUACACUGGACUGAAAGUCGGAGUACAGGCAGUCGACUGGGCUCUUACACAGAACACUAUAAUGCAGAAGUAGAAUACUUCUUCAAAAGACAGGUGCUUUUCGGCGGAGAGGUGUCAGAAGGAAGAGACACAUUGCUGGAAGGUCGGCAUGAAUUCAACUUCAACUUUGAGUUGCCAAUAUGUGGUAUUUCAACAUCAUUUGAGGGUAAACAUGGGAGCAUCAGAUACUGGCUCAAGGCGGAGAUGGACAAGCCUUGGUCAUUUAAUCACAAAACCAAAAAAGCCUUCACAGUCAUCAGUCCUAUAGACAUCAACAAACCAGAGUACCAGACAUGUGUUCAAAGUAGUGCAGAAACAACCCUCUGUUGUUGGUUGUGUACAUCGGGGCCAAUCUCCAUCACUGCCAGGUCUGAUCGCCGUGGCUACUGUGCUGGAGAAUCAAUAGCCGUGUCAGCUGAGUUUGACAACCACUCCUCAAGGACAGUCAUACCUUAUGCUACACUGUACCAAACACAAGCCUUUUUCGCCAGUGGCAAAACAAGGGUGAGGAGAACCAAGUUCACAGUCCUCACAGGAUUACCAGUGGCCCCUGGGACCCGAGGGAACUGGGAAUCUCAGCUCCUGAAGAUUCCAGCGGUGUCGCCAUCUAUCAUGAACUGUUGUGUAAUGAAAGUAGAUUAUUACAUCAAAGUCGCCUUACAUAUACCCGGGGCUUACAAUUUGACCAUGCAUUUACCAAUUGUCAUCGGGACAGUGCCAUUCAGACGGGGAACAUUUAGGUUCCCAGAGCCACAUUUCUUCAGAGAGAGCCAACGUCGUUUUGAUAGUGUAGACUAUCUUCCCAUACCACCGCCCUACAGAGAGACCAUCACCCCACCUCCACCAUUUGAUGACCCACCGACGUACCAUGAGAGUGUUGGUGGAGCUGUGAAUAUCUGGGAUGACGAGGAUGAUGACCCUCGAUAUAACAUGGGCGACCUCACUUACACACCUAUGUACACCUAUGUUUACAACUACAGACCUCCACCAGCAUACUCAGAGGAGGAUCCUAACCCAGUACAGAUAUGUGAAGUCCCAGCCAUCAGAUCAGCUGCUGAAGAUGUAUGAUGAUGUUUAACCUGGGCACAGCUUAGCAUUUAAGAAACACUUGCUGAUGGCGACCUGUCACAUAUGACUGAAGUGUCAUCAACACAGGUGUAAAGUCCAUCCUCCCGGUCAACAGUUGAUUUUGUGGCCCUGUGCAUUGCUACCAAGUUGAACCACAAAUGAUGAUGUACCUUAUCUCAGUGACCACUGGUGGUAAGAGAGAGGAUCUUUACUUAAGGGAAUG